AGUCUGUUUCCGGCAAUUGAACUGAACAGCUACAAAAAAAAAAAUUAAAAAUUUGUUUACCUUUUUUUAAUUUUAUAAGUACAACUUAUUGAAGAAUGUCUAGCGUUAUCAAGAAAGUGUUGCCCAUGCUGGAUCGCAUACUCAUCCAGCGUGCCGAGGUGAAGAUGACAACUGCUGGAGGCAUUUUGCUGCCGGAGGACUCUGUCCCCAAGGAAAUGCAAGGCGUUGUUGUGGCUGUUGGACCCGGCGCUCGCAAUCCCGUCGGUUCAGGACAUCUGCCAGUGGCUGUUAAGGAGGGCGAUCGCGUGUUGUUGCCCAAAUAUGGCGGCACCAAGGUCGACAUGGAUGACAAGCGCGAGUAUGUACUGUUCCGCGAGAGUGACAUCCUCGCCAAGCUAGAAUGAUCAAUGUGUUGCACCACUUAGCCCCCCACCAGGCUAUACCCACUAUUUAAAACACACACACACAUAUCCGUUGCGUUCGAAACUAGAUGAUUGAUUAAUGGGAAGGUUAAACACAACAACAAAACCACACAAGUCCCUAUACAUCCCCUAACUUAAACAAGGAGAAAAGAAACCGUUCUUGCACACAUACUGAUAGGUCACAAUUACCACUUUGUCAGAACACUAUAAUAAACAAUUGUUCAGUUUGCGUUUUUUCUUUAA